UUAUCAGGUGACUAAAACCAGCUGACCGCACACUUCCGGAUGCGGAAGAGGCCUUGGCGUAGAGCAACAUGGAAGGAGCGUUGGAGCAUCAUUUGGAAGACACAAUGAAGAAUCCUUCCAUUGCCGGAGUCCUGUGUACCGAUUCUCAGGGACUAAAUCUGGGCUGUCGCGGCACCCUUUCAGAUGAACAUGCAGGCGUGAUAUCUGUUCUAGCUCAGCAGGCGGCCAAACUUGCAUCUGAUCCAACAGAUAUUCCUGUUGUUUGCCUGGAAUCAGAUACUGGUAAUAUCAUGAUCCAGAGGCAUGAUGGCAUCACAGUGGCAGUGCAUAAAAUGGCAUCUUGAUCUCACCUGCGGCGUGUCUCCUUGCCCUUCAGCAGCUCACUGUUGUAGACUGCACUCUUCUCCUGCAGAUUUAAUGUGGAUUGCAUAUCCAGUGUCACUAUAAGAAC